UUCCUUAUCAUAUUCCUUCAAGAAAUCGAAGAUCAAUUAAAGCUACAGAAAUUCCUUGGCAAAAAUGAGCUCUUACGAUGAUUUUGAACCCAUGUGCAAAUGGACAACAGAGGAAACCCAAGACAUUCUUGAAGUGCAUCUCCAAGGUUUCAAGAAAAAUCAACUGAGGGUUCAAAUCAACAACAAUGGUCUCCUAACAAUCAGCGGAGAACGUCCUGUGGAUGAAAAUCGAAGGAGCCGCUUUCGCAAAGAAAUAAAUCUUUCCAAGAAUUACAACCUAGAUGGAAUUCGUGCAAAAUUUUCAGGUGGAAUUCUCUACAUAACAGUGAGAAAGAAAACUUCUUCCAUUGAGACACCACAUGGUCAACAUACAUUAGCUCAAGAAAAUGAAAACCCGAACCAACCAAUUAAUUAUCAGGAUAAAGAGACUAAUGGUUCAGAACUUAAAGAAUCAGGUAGUAAGGAUAAUAAUAUUGCAGCCAAUGGAAAUGGAAGUUCUUCGUUGGAGACGAUAAGAAAGCCUACAGAAAGCGCAGCCGAGAUAAAAAGUUCAAUCACAGGGCUUAAAAUGAGUGGGAAAACGGCACUGAAACUUGGGGCAUUGGCGGUGGUGGUGGUGGUGAGCAUCGGGGCCUUCGUUGCCUACAAAUAUCGCCAAGCUUUUCAAGUUGAGGAUUAAACUCUUGAUACAGAAGUCUAAUUCUGGUUCUUAAUUUUAGCUCUUUGAAACAAAAUGUUGAUAACAAAUAUUAACGUGUUGAAAUGAAAUAAGCUCCAUGG